AUGACACUUUGAGGAAUAGUGUACAGCGACAAUGCUACGCAUUUUCACUCAUUUCCAUACACGAAACAGUAAGGACAUCCGAAGAGGACAAAUGGGAGAAUUCUCGGACAAUCUAACUUUUCCGCAACCAUUUUCCACUAGCUUCGUUUCGUUCUUUUUUUCACCAGAUGUCUUUUUUGCAGGUUAUGUUGGCUAUGCUGCAAAAGUAUGUUACUUCUGCUUUCGAAGUACAAACGAGUUUCGUUGAAAGCAUUGUUGGAUAACGCAACAGGUUAUUACAUUCUUGUCGGUCAAUAAUUGAUAAAGGAAAGUUUUAUUAAAAUGACUUGAUAACUUUGACCCUGAAAUGUGUGUUGGUCUCAGUAAUGGAAAAGAAAUGACUGGCCGCAGAUAACUCAAAGUUUGAGGCUGCAAACGAACGCGCUAUGUACAAUGGCAUCGCCUGUAAAAAGAUGACGCUCGACUCUGAGGCAAACCGGUUUGGAUCCUGAUGGUGGAAAAUUUUCACUACCAGUAUUUGUCCGGCAAGAGGAGGAGGGAUGAUGGCGUAAAGUUCCUAAUCACCAGACUUUGUGCGGAUGUCUGGAUUAAAUUCCAAUCCUCUCCAUCGUUUCUCAUGAGAUGGGGGAAUGUGACACUGUUGAUGGUGAUCUAUCUGCUACACAGGAAAUGGUAUACAUUGAUGACCCCCUUGCACUUACUCAAGCAGAUGUAAAACAAGAGAAUUCGUUCGAUAUAACAACAGAAUGCAGCAUAGAAGACAACAGUUCACAAGAUUGGCAAAACUCAGUCCUGAUAAAGGAGGAGAUUGAGAUUGCAGAGGGCUGGGAACUAGCUGGAGAAGAAGCAAGUAUAUAUUUCGAACCAGAGAUGUGCAUUACAGAGGACCAGUGGACACUAGAGAAUUUGCAGGACAAAUUUCCUAAUGGAGAAAAUCGGUUAGCUGCUCAAAGUAAUCAGAAGGAGAGCUGUGGUGAUGAUAUUGAAGUCAUUGACUUGGCCUCUGAUGAUAAUGUUGAGGAAACAACAAUGGAUGUUAAACCUAAAACUGCUCCGAUACUGCGCCGACUAUUGGAACAGGGCCCGGCGUGGGACGAACCCGGGACGGAGGAGGAGCCCGCAUUCUCCUGCAAACAGUGCGGCGCCGCUGCCGAGAGUGCCUCGGAGCUGGCCACACUGUGCGCGUGGCACACUGGCGAGCGGCCCUUCUCGUGCACGACCUGUGAAAAGCGGUUCGCUACGCGAGUGCAGCUCUGCAUACACAGCAUCGCACACUCGCGGGGGCAGCCCUUCCCCUGCCUUGUUUGCGGCGAAGAGAUAUCGCGGAUGGCCCACUUCCGCCACCACAUGGUGCUGCACGACGACUCCAGGAACCGUCCGCCCCGGCGCUGCCUCCACUGCCGCCGCACUUUCCGCGGGGACCGUGAGUGGCAGCGGCACCUGCUGCGUGCACACCGCAUCAACCGCCGCUCUUCUGUGAGCCGAACACAACCCGGUAGUCCGAAAACACCUGUAGGGAGCUGCUGCCACUGUGGGCGAGAAUUCACGAACAGGGGAGGCUUGCGUCGUCACGAGCUGGCUUGCAGCAAUGGCAACAUGCUGCUCAAACAAGAGGAAUGUAGCACAGAGGGACUAAGGAUCGACAUAGACAGGAUUAUUCACCAGCAGGAUUUGUCUCUGGCGUGACAAGAGUCCAUGUCCUGUUUUCCUCGGUCGACUGUCACAGAGCAGUCUACGUCGUUGCCAGUUCCUACAGGUGUGGCUGUGGCAGCACUGAGGAGGAAACUACAGGAUAAGAGUAGAAGUCUCUCUGGUGAUCAGACAACAUGACCCUCUGUAAUAAACUCAAACACUUGCUUCAUCAGCUCAGAUCUCAAAAGGCUUAUUGCUUAGUCUUGUGUGUCUUUGUUCUUUGAUUGCCAUAUUCACAUCAUUUCUUCAAGAAAUGAUAAUGAUUGUGUCUUGUGUAAAGACAGUAUUUUUUUAGCUUGGGUUUUUCCUGGAUUUUAUACAAGGGAGGAGAGUAUGUCUGUGUUGAAGAGAGUAGUUUACUUGUCAAGUGCCUUGCUUUAGCCAAAUUAUUUGCCAGGUGGUUUGAGAGAAAGAAGCUGUUGACUGUUCAUGUUGAACAAGUGUUUGUUAUAAUGCAAAUAGUAGUGUAAAAUAAUGCGCAGUUGUAAAUUUAAAAUCAUUCGCUGUUUAUACUGUUUUUGUGGAAAGACCAAAUGAACGGAUGCAUUGGGAAGACACAAAUUACAUUUGAGAGGAAGGAGGUUCAAAUCUCUGUACAACUAUACAGAUUUAGAUUUUCCACAGUUUCCAGAAAUUGUUUAAGUAAAAUCUUGGGAUUACUAUAUGAAGAGGACACGGCCAAUUUCCUUCUCCGACUUGAGUUUUCGCUUAGUUUCUAAUAACCUCACUGUUGGUAGGACAUUAAAACCCAAUCUUCAUCUCACACUGUGGAAAUCAAUGUGUGAAAUACUUAUUAAAGGGCAGCAAACUCGUUAGUUGCUCGUGACCUUUGUAGCUGCUCAGGGAUAGUGAGUAACUUGUGGAUUGCGCACAAAUGCUUGCGAGUGAGGCAGCUUGGUGAUACUCGUAGUGGUAGGGAAAUCAGUGAAGUAUAAUAAAUGAUGUGCAAUGAAAACUGCAUGCAUUAUGUUACUUUCAACUUUGCAUCUUUACAAAUCUCAUAGUAUCAGAAACUAUCCAUAGUUUCCAUUCGUGAGCAUUGCUUCGAAAGGAAAUUUUUGACUACCGCAAUCAUACUCAAUUUAUGAAAUACUUCAUGAUUUCAGUAGUACUCCAAAGAUAUUAUGAUAUGUGUAAUGCUUUUUGUCCCUCUCUUUGGCACUGAACAUAACCCACAGAGUCACAAGUAUCCCUUUCCCCCAAUAUCUGAAACUAAAAAUAGUGUUAAUAACAGUGUAUUCUAUUGAAUACUGGUCCUACGUCUUUCUCUUACCUCUACAAAAUAAUGAAGGAACUUUUUUCAAAACUAGAGGACAAGAAGAAAAAGCAGAGAGGAAAAUAUUAUGUUCAUUCCUGUAACAGUUCCAAGCUGAAACGUUGUGCGCAGUUGCUUCAGUAAGCAAGAAUCAUUAUUCAGAUUUCUUUUAUGAAAAUGAAUGAAUACCUUUUCUAAAACCAUUCUCAAAAUUUAUGUUACAUUAGCUUCUGUUUUAACUUUCUUCAAUGCGAGGAGUGGCAGUAAUCCAGACCCGUCUUCCGUGAUUGAACUCUUUCAGCUUGAUGUGGAAUGGAGAAACUUUAAUAAGAUGAUGACCAAGAGAAAUACAUCUGUUUUUUUUUUUUUUAAUAAUUUUCUCACAUGACUGAUUUUAAACUGUAAGACUUGCGAUAACAGGUUGCAAGAAGUACUACAUACGGUGCCUGAACAUGGAUAAACUGUGCCAGCAUGUUCUUGUGUAAUUGCUUUUGGUCAAAAGGUGGUAAUUAUGAAACCAGCGUACACACAACCUUUUCAUGACAAUAUUUUCAUAUAAGAAGUAGUGUUUCAUUCAUUUGAAAUUCCAACAAAGUUAGUAAGCUUACACUUUUCGAUCUGUGAUCUUCUGUUACUGUAUCAUGAGCUUUUUUGGUGGUUUUCUAAGACGCUUCCUCAGUUGGCCAGCCUAAAAGUGAACCAGUCGCAAACUAACACAUUCUGAAUAGAUGGGCAUAAAUACCAGUACAUGGUCACCAUGAACCUCGCCAAACUCAGUUUUCAUCUGUGUAGCUGCCCAUCUACACAAAUGAAAGUGUUUAAUUAGAUUUGGAAAUUAGUUGUAAGUUCCUAUGGGACCAAACUGCGGAUGUCAUCAGUCCUAGGCUUACACACUACUUAAACUAACUUACACUUAGUACAACACACACACCCAAGCCCGAGGGAGGACUCAAACCUCCAACGGAAUUAGAUUUGAUUUAACCAGGGAGACAAAACACUAAUGGCCAUAAACCCUGUUGCUCCCACCGAAACUAAGUUUACUGUGCAGAUUCUUUCCCUGUCAUUCUAGUAAAGCCAGUCAGUAUCCUUGAAGAGCAGCAGGAGACUUUUUACUAGGUAUUUGUUAGGAAUUAAAGACCCAAAUAUAUUGUGUCUUUUAGUCUCUAUUGCUUCGCAUUGGAAGAUUAAAUAUGGUGUGCUUUCAUCUCCCACACCUCGUAAAAUGUUAUCAUAGUAAGGCAAGACCCUUUCCUUUUUACACUUUGCCUCUUCAGAAGGGUUUGCCCUUAAAAACUACACGGUGCAUCUGUAUGAAUCUCAACAAAACCAUUUGUGAAUCAUGCUUAACCACCCCGAUGUAUUGUACCAAAGUUUCACACUUUCUUUUAUUGAAAUUUAUCGGACUUUGCUAAGAUUACAGGAGUUUUGCCAUUCGCAUUUGGCAAUAAAGCUUGUUACUUAUUCUUCAGAGUAAAAUUCAGUUAUCAGUUCCAAGUAUGUUUUUAUUACACUGAGGAAUUAAUUUGUCGUCUUCAUAAGCUUAAUAUCUUCAUGAAAGUGUGAUGCUAUGGCAGGUCCACAAAUUUACAAAUUGUAUGUGAUUAUGUAAACAUAGAUUGGCAAUUUACAGUAACAGAAUCCCAUCUAUGUGUCUGUUGUUUGUUAAGUCCUUAACAAUGUUGAGUCCUGGUGUGUGUGUGUGUGUGUGUGUGUGUGUGUGUGUGUGUGUGUGUGUGUGUGCGCGUGCGUAUGCAUGGGCGCAUGCAUAUUCUUCUGUUUUAAAGUUUUUUAAUUUUGGAGAGUAAUUUAAAAUUCGUGGUGUAAUACACAAAAGCUUAUAGUGCAAAUUAUGAAUGAUGAAAUAUGUUUCUGAUCUGUUUGCUGAGAAAUUAAACCUCUUUGCAAAUUGUUAUUUAAGAAACAAAAUUAUGUUGCUAGUUUGUUUGUGUGUGCAUGUGGAGGGAGAGCAAAUUUGGAUAUGUGCACAUGCCUGAAUGAAAGCGAAGUUACUUGGCUGUGGAUUAAAUUUAUACUUAGAAAUUUUGAGUACCAGAAGUUUUGUGAUGAAGAUGUUGGCUAAUGUGAUACUAAAGGGGUAUUUUGAACACAAAUUUGAAUUCUUGGCACUUUUACUUUAUGUAAAUGGUUUACACCUCCACACAUAUACUCCAUAAACUGCUGUUCAUUACAUGGUAGUGAGUAUGAUACCAGUAUUAGCCACAGUAAAAUUGGGGAGUCAAGUUUUUUGUCUCCUCUCAUCCUCACUAUAGGUGGAUACCUCUCAUCGAGGGUUUUGAGUGAUCCACCCCUCCUUUCUGACAUACCCAAGCUAUGUCUUUGGCUUCCCUGACGAAAAUGUGGUUUUACCUCCUAAUUUUUUCAAGUUGAGAGAUUCAGUAUGGGGUUACAGCAGUUCAAAUACAUUUCCAGCCCUCGAGAUUUACAUGGGGAACUUAUAGCUUGGCCGUCUUUGAUUUGCUUCAUACUUAUGUGAUUUGAAUGCCAUUGCCUGGUCAUUGGUUUCCCACAGCAGUAUGAUACAAUUUAAAAACAUUGCUUUUAAAGAUUAGAUGAUUUUUAAUGCCAUUAAGUAGAAAACAUUUGGUGAAUGUGUUCUGCAAAAAUCUUAAAAUCUCUCAGUAACAUAUCACUCUUUUUUUUAAUUCUGUAUGUUUUAACAAAUAAAAAUUUUAAUUAACCAAUAUUGAAUCACAAUCCAUACAUGUUAUAAAAAUGUGUGUGUGUAUGCAUUUUACAAAUUUCCGCCUACACUACUGAAGUGAUUUCCCUGUUUAAAAGGCAAAGGAAUGAUGAUAAGUAAAAUGUGUUGCAAUUUACUCGAUUUUACCACUACUGUUUAGUAGAACACCUAGGUUGCAGGGAUUUAUCAACUGUUUCUUAAACUGAUCAAAAUAUAGCUUAUGUUUUAUACAUAUUAUUUUUCCUUGAUGCUUCCCCAUAGAAAAAGGUUUAGGACGUAAUCGAUAAUAGUCGUUUCACUUUUUAUACUCGAUAAUCACAAAAUAAAUUUUAAUCCAGGCUUAAGUUGGCAAGCUUUAGGAGUACUAAGUGCUAUUGAAAUAUAUGGUCUGAAAUGUCCAGAGUGCUGCAAAAUGUGGUUUUACUUCAUAAUUUUUUCAAUUUUUUUUCAAUGGGUUCUCUCAUUUAGAUCCCCUUGUGGUCUAUAAUGUAUCUAGUGAGUCAUCCCCUCCAAUAAUUUAGUGCUGGUGAUGCAUGUGGCAGCUGGGACAGGAAACUAAAUAAAUAACAAAAUACAGUUGCUGGUUGCUUAUGCCAUCACAUCAUUUGAAUUACACAUGAAUAAUGUUUUUACUUUAACAGAAAUGCAUUUUAAUAAAUAUGUAUCACAUUUUAAUUCAUUUUCAUGCAGCCAGUAAUUAAAAAGUUAUUUUUAUUAAAAAAUUAUGAUUCAACAUUUGUUAAUUAGCACUUCUAUUUGAUGAUAAAUAUGAAAUUAAAAUAAUAAUAAUCAUAAUAGUAAGUUGCUCCUAACAAAUUCUGAAACAGCAAUCGUAUAAUUACCAAACUUUUACAUAGUGCACUCACCUAUUCUCGAUGACUAUUUUAAUAACUACAAAUCUUUUGUACUUAACAGCACUUGGAAAUUAUCUAACCUUCAAAAGCAAUUUUUAUGACAUUUUUGAGAGUUGCAUCAUACUGCUUUGGGAAGUUGGGCUCUGGGCAUUGCCCAUCAAAUCAUAUAAGUGUGAAUAAGGAAGGAAGACUGUUUAAUGUUCUGUUGCCAUCGGUGUCACUAGAGAUGGGGCACACAUUUGGAUUGUUUCAAGGCUGGGGUAGGAAAUCUGCUGUGCCCUUUCAAAGGAACCAUCCCAACAUUUGCCUCGAGUGAUUUAAGGAAAUAACUGAAAACCUAAAUUUGGGAGGCUGGACAUGGGUUGAACAUUUGUCCUCCCAAGUGCGAGUCCAAGUAUGAAAAAAAGAAACAAAGAGUGCCAGUCCAUGAGGUCUCCUUGUCAUGUUGUCUCCAGGGAAUCUAAAUGUUUCAUGUAGUCUUCAGGGAAUCAAAAUAUAGCAGCAAUUCAUGGAUCACGUGAACAGCAUAUGCCGUUAUGUGAAGUUGACUGCAGAAAUGGAGAAGUUGUAGGUCAGUUGUCUGUAUGGACACCCAGUGUAUCGUAAAUCGACCCACACAGACAGUUAUCUCAGUGGGCACAUUUUCCAUUGUCCUGCCUCAAAGAGGGCUGUGAUGAACAUGCUGACAUGUAGUACUAGAAGCACAUGCGACAAAAACCGUCUUGGUCUCAAAAUAAAUCUCCAACCUCUUCGUUCCGAGAAAAUGUGCAUCAGUCACAUGAAAUAAAGUUAGCCCCCUCCAUAAAAUGCAAAUCCAAGUGGUUGAGUGACAUGACAAGAUUAGCACACAAUGUUCAGUCCAUUCUGUGGAGCAACAUCGACUGAAAUAGAGGAAAUUUUAUGCAGACAUUUUAAAUCCCAUGUCUGCAAUUUAAACCAUCUUUAGCUACAUGGGACAGUCUAUUCGAACUGUCUCCCACUUCUGUACCCAGCAUCAGCAGCACAUCGAGUACGGGAACCUGGAAAAAUCUUCUGUUGUUGAACACAGCCUUACGAAUAAGCACAAAAUUUUGUUUGAACUGACACAGAUUAUGACCCAAACUUCAAGCUACUGGGACUCAGUCUGCACCUAUGUCCACUAUGCAAAUUACUGUGAAACACAUGGCAGAGAGUACUUCCUAUUGUACCUAUUGUACCAGUUAUUAGGGUCAUGUAUGGAGUGUGGGAACAACUGUUCAAAUCCUUCUGUGCAUGCUGAUUAAUCUAAUCUUGUCUUCAUGAUCCCUGUGGGAUCAAUGUGUAGUAUAUUCCUAGAUUCAUCACUUAAAGCUGGUUUCUGUGCUUAAUAAGUACACUUCCUCAGGAUAGUUCUCAACUGUCUUCAAGUAUCUGCCAGUUCAUUUCUUCAACAUGUCUGUAACACUCUUGCACAGACCAAACAAAUGUGACCAUUUGUGCUGCUCUUCUCUGUUUAUGUUCAAUAUCCCCUGUUAGUCGUAUUUGGCACGGAUUCCAUGUACCUCAGCAAUAUUCUAGGAUGAGAUGCACUAGUAUUUUGUAAGGAGUUUCCUUUGUAAACUGAUUACAUUUCCCUAAUAUUCUACAAAUAAACAAGUCUGGCCCCUGCUUUAUAGGAACUGAGCCUUUGGGAUCAUUCUAUUUAAUAUCCCUACAAAUUGUUAUACCAAGGUAUGAGGUGACUGAUUACAGUUGUGACUUGUCGUAUUGUAGUCAUGGGAUACAACACUUUUUUGUCUUAUGAAGUUCACAAUUUUACAUUUUAGAACAUUUGAAGCAAGUUGGCAAUUUUUUCACCACUUUUAUAUAUUAUCAGCACAUGUCUGAAUAUUUGGGCAACUUUUUCCACACAGUACUUCAUCAUAGAUAACUGAAUCGUCUGUACAAAAUCUGAAGUUACUAUUAAUAUCGUCCCUAAGGUCAUUCAUAUACAAGAGGAAGAGAAAGGUCCAUACACAUCUCCCUGACACACACCUGAAGUUACUUUUCCAUUUUUCUAUGGCUCUCCACCCACAUAACAUGCUGUGUUCUCCCUACCAAGAAACCUUCAGACCAGUACAAAUUUCACACUGAGCAGUUUGUGGAAGUGGCCACUUGGCACUGAGAGAUUGCAUAGAAAUGUGAACCAAAUUGUACGCCAUGAUGGAAACAAAGGCGUUUGAAGGGCUGUUUCAUCAAUGAAGCCAGUGUGAUCUCUGGUCGAUAUAGGCUUUACUACAUCCAUGUGAUUCAGUUAAUUCUAAGACAUUGUUUCACUUUUCUGAUGAGAACAAUAUUGGUUACUGUCGCGUGCUUAGAUUUGUAUUGAGAAUUAAUGUUAUAAAUGCACCGAGCACAGUUUAUACAAUAAAUCAGUUCCAAAAGACUUUGUGGUUACACACAGAUUUAGGUUUUUCAUUAUUAACCUAAACUCUUUAGGCAGAUGACAGUAUGGUUCCUUUGAAAGAUUAUGGUGGAUUUCCUUAUCCAGUCCAAGUUGGGUGCCUGUAAUGAUCUUGUCCAAGGGGGCAUUUCACCUUGUCUUCCUUCUUUCAUUUUGAGGAAGGAGCUAACAGGCAUAGUUCUUUCUUCCUUUAAAAUUUUUCUGUCAGUAAUAUUUGAAAUUGUCACACACACACACACACACACACACACACACACACACACACUUUGUCCUGUUUCAUUCACAUGUAGUGACAUAACAGUAAACAUCAUUAUGCCUUUGUAUGUCACUGAUUAUAGCACACACCAAAAGCACUCCGUCUUUAGGCCACAAGCAGCCCAUCGGCGCUAUCCAACUGCCAUGUCAUUCUCAGCUGAGGCUGUGAAUAGGAGGGGCGUGUGAUCAGCACACCGCUCUCCUGGUCAUUACGAUGGUGUUCUUUGACCGGAGCCUCUACUAUUUGGUCGAGUAGCUCCUCAGUUGGGAUCAAGAGGCUGAGUGCACCCCGAGAAAUGGCAACAGUGCAUGGCGGCCCAGAUAAAGUCACCCAUCCAAGUGCCGACCAUGCCUGACAGCGCGUAACUUUGGUGGUCUGACGGUUCCUUUGUUCAGACAUUCAUUAUGUUCAAGAAACACACAAUAAUAUCCAAAAGUGUUGGGAUUCCAGCUUAAUAGCUAAUUCAACUGGGCUGAACACACCACACAACCGCUCUUAACUUCUUUUCCACAAAUGUAUUCAUAUUUAGCCUUCACGUUACCACGCAUCCUCUGUGGUAGAACUGCAAAGAUUGAUAUAGCACAUACCAAGGCAGAACCUUAUUCACACAAUGAGUUAUACAGUAGAAACAGCAGAAAUAUUCCACAGCCGUCCAUCAAUACCAGUUCCCUAAACUUAUUCAGUACGGUUUUGCAACAACAAUGCCUGGCUUCAAAAGAUUCUCAAGUGAGUUCCCAGAACAUCUCUGUUAUACUUUUGUGUGACCUAGCUCAUCCCAUUGUAAUCCCACUAGAACUCUCUGAAUUUCUGUGACAUUUUUCAUCAGUCUGCCUUUACAAAAACUCCAAACAGUUGAGUGGUACUCAAGAAUCAGUUGCAUUCGAGUCUUCUAUGCUGUUUCCCCAGCAGUCUUGUGUCCAGUCUUGAGUCUUCUAUUUUGCGUCCCCAGAAUAGUACGCAUUUCUUUUUCUGGUCUUGUAGAGUUGAAGAUAAUUUCUCACGGGCAGGUGCUGUUUUCUGGUGUGAGCAUGCACAUAGAUGUUUUAGAAGAGAAAUGAUUCACCAGUAACUUGUCCAAAACUUGUUUAUUAAUAUUGUGGUACAAACUCUUAAUAUAUUUCUAAGUUAUCCUAUUUUAUUUUAUUUUUAAUUUUAUGAUGUUUACAGAGCACUGUGUGCUAGAAACCUUUGACAAAAGUACAAUGUUUCUGUAUUAGUUAUAUAAAAUUUUUAUGUAAAUUUGAAAAUUAUCAUAACUAACAACAUGUUAUGCUAAUGAAAUGAAUAUUGGGCAGCUACUAUAUAUCAGCCUACAUUUAACACAAUACUACUGCUAAUUCUUUUCUGAGAAAUAAGUUUUGUGUUGAGAAUAUUGUUAGUGUUGCAUAACAGUCAGUUUAACACUAUCAUUCAUUUAUCUUCUGUGUUGUUCCAAAUAGGUAAUGAAACCCUGCUGUAUAUUGUAUUUUGAUAACAUAGUAUUUUUUAUGCAUGUUGCUGAUUUGUGUUUUAUAUGGUUUGUCUUCUUACAAAGAAGGAACUCGGCAUUUUGAAUGUCACUGUUAUCCUCUUCCAGACGAGAAUUCCUUGUAAGUUGUGUCCUCACAGAUGUGAUAUUUGUUGUGAUUGAUUGCCAGAGAAUAUUUGUAAAAUAAUGCUAUUAAUUGUUGACUGUGUUGUUCAUUGUUUACAAAAGUUUAUUUAAUAAAAUAAUGUACGAUUUUUCAAAAACA